CUUUGUGCUUGUGCUCUGGGAAGUGAUGCCAGGAUCAGAAUUGGAGGGACAGGUGUUGGGGGGCUGGAGAAAGUCUUUGAGAAACUGAAUGGAAGGAUCAUACUUGGAGACAGGAGCCAGUGUGGGGAGCAAGGAAACCGAGACCAGGAUAUCAAGCAUGGAAAGAGGAUGGAGGGGACAGAUUGUGUGGGUGAACAGUCAUGUCCACCUUGAAGAGCUCUGUGAUCCUCACAGCCUACAUCGUUAUCUUCCUCACUGGUCUCCCUGCCAACCUCCUGGCCCUUCGUGCUUUCGUGGGGCGGGUCCGCCAGCCCCACCCUGCACCCGUCCACAUCCUUCUGCUCAGCCUGACGCUGGCAGACCUCCUCCUGCUGCUGCUGCUGCCCUUCAAGAUCGCUGAGGCUGCGUCUGACUUCCGCUGGUAUCUGCCUGAGAUAGUCUGUGCCCUCACGGGCUUCGGCUUCUACAGCAGCAUCUACUGCAGCACCUGGCUCCUGGCGGGCAUCAGCAUCGAGCGCUACCUGGGAGUGGCCUUCCCUGUGCAGUACAAGCUGUCCCGCCGGCCUUUGUAUGGAGUGAUUGCUGCUCUGAUCGCCUGGAUCAUGUCCUUUGGUCACUGUACCAUCGUGAUCAUCGUUCAGUACUUGAACUCAACCCAGAAGGCCACAAAUUCGAAUGAAAUUACCUGCUAUGAGAAUUUCACCGAAAAGCAGCUGGAGGUGGUGCUUCCUGUGCGGCUGGAGCUGUGCCUCAUCCUCUUUUUCAUCCCCAUGGCAGUCACCAUCUUCUGCUACUGGCGCUUUGUGUGGAUCAUGCUCACCCAGCCCCAUGUGGGGGUCCAGAGGCGGCGCCGGGCUGUGGGGCUGGCUGUCGUGACGCUCCUUAAUUUUCUGGUGUGCUUCGGGCCUUAUAACGUAUCUCACCUGGUGGGGUUUUACAUGAAAAAAAGCCCCACGUGGCGAGCGGAAGCUGUGGUAUUCAGUUCCCUCAACGCCAGUCUGGACCCCUUGCUUUUCUAUUUCUCUUCUUCGGAUGUGCGCAGAGCCUUUUGGAAAGGGCUUCAGAUACUGCGGCACCAUGGCUCCUCCCUGCUGGGACGCAGAGGCCGAGACACAGGGGAGACGAGAAAUGGAGACCGGGGUGUGAGUCAAGCAGAGGGAGCAGCGAGUUCGGACUUCACCACAGACUAGGGAGGCUCCUGGACCUUCGGAGGCCCUCGGGGCUGUGUAUGAGUUGAGCAGGCCAGGAGAGGGGGACUGUGAGGGGCUUAGGAUUCCUCAGACCCACACCACUAGCGGGACUGUAAAAAUCUCUCUCACCAGCUUGGUAUCCCUUCCUGACUGAAUUUUCCUUCCCAAAGGGAACAUAGCUCUGAGGCAAAAGAAGAAACGGCUGGGCAUUGAGAAGCACUAGCAGACCAAGUUUCAGAGGCAAUGUAGCUAACACAAAUUCAAGUCCUUGGGAGGUGGUCUGUAGCUGGGGACGACCACCCCGAAAGAGAGAGUCCUAAAGCAAUCUUGCCCUAAGCUUUGAAGCAACACCUAGACACCGGUCUAGCGGUUCAUGCUGGAGAGAAGCCAACAGGAAAGAGAUGGAAGAGAAAUACUACACGAGGUCAAAGAAGACUCAGGAAGAUUCUGAGCCAAGGGGACUAGGAGGAGGGGCUGUGGGCUUAGGCCUCUAAUGAUCUGGGUUUGCACUGUACUGAUCUGGCCUGCUGCUUUGUAAGUAUGCUUCAGUCAUCUUCACGUGUGUAUUGUGUCUCCCCCAUUAAAUUGGGAGCUGCCUGAAGUCUGGGUCUUGUCUUCUCCCUCCAUAGCACCCCACACAGGUCAGGACACAGCUUGGCCCCCAUCGGUUAGAGCUCAACACUGACUAGUACAGGAAAAGACAGCCCGGUCUGGCAGAUUGAAAAUAAAAGAUUACAAAACUCUGAAGUGAGUGACCACAAUGUUUGCUAACAUUUCUGCAAAAACGGGGAGGGCAAAAAUGGGAUGAAGAACCAGACUCGGCAGCAAAGGGGGAAAGGUGAUGUGUCUGAAACCACAGAAACAUUUUAAGGUAAAGAUGUAACGAGAGUAGAUUAAGUAAGGGUGUUGAUGUAAUCCCAUUUAGAUUGAUGAAUAGAGACUGGGUUUAGAAACAGCAUGUGGGGUGAGGCCUGACUCAAAGUGGUCAGUGUAUCACAGGGGGCUUGAAACAUACUACUCUCCUGCUUAGAAACCUGCAGACUUUUCUUAUCAUCAAAAGUUUUCCUCUCAGGAACUCAUAUCAUAUCAUUCCAUUGCCUGCUUUGUGUCCUCUCUCCCUUCCCAAUUCCAGCUGCCCAACUCGUUUCUCCACAUUAAGGACUCCUACACCUCUCUCUAGGUAACGGGCCCGCUAGGUCCUCACCUAGUGAUUUGCAACAGAGGCUAUACAUCAGAGUUUCACGGAGAGGUAUAAAAAUAAUACAGGUGGCCACCUCUAAUCUACUGACUCAGAAUCUUGGGAUGGGAGCAGCAGGUGAGCUGUGAAAAGCUCCCCAGGUGAUUGUGAUAGGCAGCUCUGGUCAGGAAUCACUGGCCUAUCUCAGGGGCCGAAUUUGUCCAAGCAAUUACUCUUCAGAGAGACCUUUCCUGCUUUUAAGUCCCCCUCACCUCAAUCACACGCACCCUCAUCUUCUGAUUGCUUGCUUUUUCCCUUCUGAUAAAACCCCACUCGAUAUUUACUUUCUCCAGAAAGACUUCCCUUGUUAUUUCCACCCAACAGAGAGCACCUUUUCUCUGUUUUCCUUCCUCAAAACAACACUGGACUGGUGUCAUAAGAGCCCUGACUGUUGUGUUGGUUCUGCUUACUAGCUGGAUGACCUUGAGCAAGUCACAACCUCCAGACUCCAUUUCCAAAUCGUAAUAAUGAGGAUCAUGCAAGCCUCACAGAGUCAUUCUGAGGAUGAGACUGCACAUAUAUAAAACUGCUGAGAGAUUAUAGAGUAGUAUUUAGCUCUAAGAUCGCAACUGAACCACACAUCCAUACCCCUACUUAAGGAAAUAUAGUAAGAAGAAAUUUAAAAUGAUGGAAAUAAUAUAUUAGAUAGCCCACUAUAGAGGAUGGUUUGACAGUAAUAUGUGAGGGGGGAAAAAUCUGGGAUUUUCAGCUGACUGUAGGCCUACUAUGUGUCUGUGAUAUAUUAUACCUUCCAAAAAAGCUAAUUUGAUUUUGGGUGGUAUUAAGAGAAACAGAGUCUAAACAAGUUGAUAGUCUCACUCCACUGAGGCCUAUUCAGCAGCAUAUUUAGUACUGAGCAAAGUAAAGGACAUUAGCUCAAGGAAUCAAAGGACAAUAACUCAAAUUAAUCAGAAAAAUUAACCAAAAUAUUUUGGCGAUUUAAAACCUAAUAACAAUAACAACAACAACAACAUUAACUGCCAGGCAUUGUUCUAGAGAAGGAGCCUGAGAUGAUGAAGGGAACUUUCCAAGGUCAAUAAGCGAGAGGGAGUUUGAAUCCAGGCUUUCCUGACUCCGGCAUACCUACUUUCUUCACUGACACAUGAGACGAGGAGCAAGUAAGAAAAUGCUGGAUAUGUUCAUGAAACAGGAUAAGGUCCAUUUUACGGAAGACUCAGUCUAUGUAGCUCCACAGGGAAGAACAAGGGUUAUGGGCGAAAGAGGUAGGGAGUUACAUCUUAAACAGUCAGGGUUGUUGAAAAUGGAAUUGACUGCCUCCACAAGGUUAUCACUCCCCAGUCUCCAGGAAGAUUAAAGUAGAAGAUAGAAAACAUCCAACUUAGAACACUGAGGAAACUCACGCAUCUGCUAAGGGCUGAAUCAGUAACUGACAAACCCCUUCCAACUUGAGAUUCCCAGGGUUUUAGGGAAAUGGCUACUCCUGCUAAUCAGGAAAGUGCCAGAAAAAUCUCUGGACCUGGUCUGAGACUUUCAGGGUGGAACUUUAGUUACUCACUAACAAACAUUUAAUCUUCGUCAAGUUACUUGUUACAUAGCCCAUUUCUUCACUGGGAAAUUAGUAAUUCAUUGGUUCAACAAAUAUGUAUUGAUUACCUACUAUAAUCAGAUACUUUUCUAGGGGCUGGGGAUGCAGCGUGUAUAAGAGACAAGGAAUUUGUCUUCUUGAGGCUUCCAUUCUAGUAGGGAAAAAUAGUUAACAAACAAGUAAACAAAUAAACAAUCAAGGUAAUUUCAGAAUGUGGCAAAUGGUUUUUACAAACAGACUAAAAUAGGAAUAUGGGAGAAAAUAUAAGGGAAGGUUGAGAGGAUUUAGAAUAUUCUUCUGAGUCAGUGAUGUUCAGCUGAGACCUGAAUAAUGAGAAGGAGUAGCCAUACAAAGUGCCAUAGGAAGAGCAUUCUAGAAGCAGGAACUGCUGUCUUCCCUCCCCACAGUUUCAGAAUCAGUAGGUCUGGGAUGAGACAUAAGAGUUUGUAUUUCUUUUUUUACAAAGAUUAAGUUUUUAUUUUGAACAAUUCACAACUACUGAUACUUCAUUAGCUGUUUUGAAAUGGUGUUUGGUGACAACACAAGUACUAUAAUACAUAAUAAGUAGUAAAACUUUGCUAUCAUUCUUUGUGUAUCUGUGGUGUUAGUUGUCACUCACUUCUCCUCUUUCAUUUCUGAUUUAUUUGGGUCCUCUUUCUUUCUUGAAGAGUCUGGUUAAAGGUUUAUCAAUUUUAUCUUUUCAAAGCACCAGCUCUUGUUUUCG